CAGUCUUGUCAAAAUCCGCGUUGCUUUUGUUUUGUUUUGCUUUUGUUCAGCGAAAAAGUUCCCGGAUCAAAAGCAGAUCUUCCGGCCGGCAAAUAACUGACGAAAUUAUCCUGAGUGGAGCGACAUGAUUAUUCCGGUGCGCUGUUUUACCUGCGGAAAGGUGAUAGGCAACAAAUGGGAAGCCUACUUGGGAUUGCUCCAAGCCGAGUAUACGGAAGGCGAUGCCCUGGACGCGCUAGGACUUAAAAGGUACUGCUGCCGCCGAAUGCUGCUCGGACAUGUGGAUCUCAUCGAGAAACUACUGAAUUACGCACCGCUGGAGAAGUAGAAUCGGGCACCCGGAGCGCGCGGUUUU